GCAACAUACCGAACAGGACAUUGCUCUGUUGACAGUGAAAAUUUGAAAUGUAGAUGUUCAGAGAUUGCAUAAUGACACAACCAUGUCUUCAUUAGUGUCUUAUGAAGAUUCAGAUUCAGACUCUGAGGAUGAAAUCAAAACUGUUGAUAGAGAGACUUCUUCUUCCCCCUCUUCAUCUACAGUCUGGACAAAGAAUGACCCAGUUGCUGAAAUGUAUCCUGCAACGUCAUCAAGCCUUUACACAACUUCUAAAUCAACAUCACAUCAAAACACACCUGUCCAUCUACUCGAAAGUCAAAAGAGGAACACAACGCUGCAGCCUCUACUACAUGUCCGGACUCAUGACCAGUCUUCAAACAUUUCUAAAAGACAGCUUCCAUCCUCUGUCAGACCUUAUGUUCCCAAGAGGCAGAGGCGCGCUCCGGUUGAAAGCUCAGAGCCGUCGGAAGCACCAGAGCACAUCCAGAGGGAGGAGAGACCCAUCUUGUCAGAAGUGUCCCCUACAGUGAAGCAGUGCCUGUCUAAGAAGAGGCCGGUAGUGUCGGGGGUCCCCAGGAGACUUCUCAUGAACCUGGGAGGGCAUCAGGGUCCAGUCAACACAGUCAAAUGGUGCCCAGUCCCUCACCUCAGUCAUCUGCUGCUGUCUGCCUCCAUGGACAAGACUUUUAAGGUGUGGGACGGAGCAGAGAGCGGUCACUGCCUCCGGCUCUACACCUGUCACUCAGAAGCAGUCAGAGCGGCCUGCUGGAGCACCCAUGGGAGACACAUUUUCAGCGGGUCCUUCGACAACUCCGCAGCGCUGACAGACGUAGAGACAGGUCACCCACUUGUGAAAUUGGAUGCCCAGUUCCGUGUGAUGUGUGUGGCCGUGCACCCCUCCCAGCCCGAGGUGGUUCUGUGUGGAGGCUACAGCCCGGCGGUGAAGGCCUGGGACACUCGCAGUGCCAAGGUGGUGAGGGAGUACAGAGCGUCCGUGCAGCAGACCCUGGACGUGCUGUUCCUGAAAGGAGGAGAGGAGCUGGUCAGCAGUACAGACUGUGUGAGCCGAGACUCUGCUGACCGCACUCUGAUCGCCUGGGACUACAGCACCACAGCGCGCAUCUCCAACCAGAUCUACCAUGAGCGCUACACUUGUCCAAGCCUGGCUCUGCAUCCAGUCGAAGAGUCCUUUGUGGCUCAGACCAAUGGAAACUACCUGGCCCUCUUCUCCUCACAGCGCCCCUACAGGAUGAACAAGAGACGCAGAUAUGAAGGACACAAGGUGGAGGGCUUUGCGGUGCAGUGCAGUUUCUCUCCUGAUGGGACCCUCUUGGCCUCGGGCAGCUCCAGUGGCUCAGCUCAUUUCUUUGACUUCCACAGCGGUCAGAUGGUGCACACGCUCAGAGCCCAUAACCAGGCCUGUGUGAGCGUGUCCCCCCACCCCGUCCUGCCCACCACCACGGCCACCUGCGCCUGGGAUGGAGAGGUCAAGGUCUGGGCGUGACGAGAGCAAGAGGUGAUCAGGAAUGUAAGAAACGCUCCGGGUGAAAAUGGAGGAGACAGAUAAUAUGAGAUCUGAGUCGGCACUGGGUGCUUCGGCGCUCUGCUAAAACACUUUUUAUGCAGCGGUGGAAUGACUUAAAGUAGUAAAGUACUGAUAUUAAAGGUACACUACACUAUGAAACUUUUUAUUUGGGGGUCCGUCACCUGCUUGUUUCUAUGAUAUGUCAUUGCUUUGCCAGGAAUGUUCCACAGUAUUAAACGAUAUAUGUGAUUUUGUAGAUAAAAAAUACCUAGAAAAACUGACAUUCUGACUGUGAGUGGGGUUGCCUCUCCACAGGUCUGACCUGUAACUUGAUCUGGUUCGGUUUACAUGAAGAUAGAAAGGUUUAAUGCCAUACUGUGAAACAUUCCAGACAAAGCAGUAACAUCUCCACUGAGAAAAGAAUUUGACGGAGCCUCCACCAGAAAAGUUUAUACAGUAUACCUUUAAGUAUCUGUACUUUACUUAAUUAGAUUCUAGUGGAUACUUUUUAUUUUUACAUGGCUACAUUUAAGAGAUGGUAUCUGUACUUCCUACUUCAGUACAUGUUUGAACUGGACACAAAAGGAAAAGCUUUUUUUUAAUUAUUGUUUGAGACCUGCUAAAAAAUCUGACACAUGUAUUUUGAGCAAAUAAAAUAUACAAAUAGAAAUUGCUAGGAAAAAAAAAAAGUUUCUGUUGAACAAAACAAAAUUCAGCUCAAAUCUGUAUCAAAACCACUAGCUUUAUAAGACCUCAAAAUCUGUGUGACAUACUUUUAUUUUUUACUAUUUUAGUACACUUUUAAUGGGCUACUUCAAUACAUUUUCUUCAGUAAUUUUUUUCAUUUGAUACUUCUGCUUAAGUAUUUUUUGCUCUGGUAUCUGGGCUUCUACUUAAAUAACAAAAUUGAGUACUAAACUUGUUUGUGUCCCCUGGUAUGUCAGAAACGUGUUUAAAUUCAAUAUUGGUUUUAAGGUUACACUGUCCUCUGCAUUUGACCCGUCCUUCAGUGUCUGAGGUCACACUGAUAACAUGUCUGUUUUUUCACAACUGCAAAAACAUUUGACACAAUGCAAAAGUUGUUUGUUUAUUCGGACUUAUUGGUUUGAAUCUCAAGCCAGUUGCCCAAUCAGAAAAUGUAAUGAGUUGUUCAUUUUGGGUGCCAGAUUCCAGAUUGUAAAACCAGCCUUCUGUUUACAAAUGUGGCAGCUUAUGGCAUCCCAAUUUAAAUAAUGAUUGUAGUCAAGUUUAUAGCCCCUCCAUGUAACUUUUUAGCCAAGUAAAUAAAUAAAUGUACAGAUUAAAAUAAA